AUGCCAAAUCAUACACUCACCUUGAACAAUGGCACCAAGAUGCCCCUCGUGGGCCAUGGUCUAUGGAAAAUACCAAAUGACAGAAUAGCUGAUCAAGUUUACAAUGCCAUCAAAGCAGGAUACCGUUUAUUUGAUGGAGCCUGUGAUUACGGCAACGAAGUAGAAGCUGGUCAAGGGAUUGCAAGAGCCAUCAAAGAAGGUAUCGUCAAACGAGAAGAACUCUUCAUCGUGUCAAAACUUUGGAACACUUUCCAUGAACGAGAACAUGUUGAGCCAAUAUGUCGGAAGCAAUUGAAAGAUUGGGGUUUAGAAUAUUUUGAUCUAUUCAUCAUGCAUUUCCCCAUCGCUCUUCGUUAUGUGGACCCUGCUGUUCGUUAUCCACCAGCAUGGUUCUACGAUGGUGUUACUCCAACUGACAUUCAACUCUCAAACGCCACGAUCCGGGAAACAUGGGAAGCAAUGGAACAUCUCGUCGAUAUUGGUCUCGUUCGCUCAAUCGGCAUCAGCAACUUCAAUUGCUCAUCCAUCCUCGAUCUUCUUCGAUAUGCACGCAUUCGUCCUGCCACUCUCCAAGUCGAACAUCAUCCUUAUCUCGUUCAAAAACCACUCAUGGAGUUUGCCAAGAAAGAAGGAAUCACUGUCACAGCUUACAGUAGCUUUGGUCCAACAGGCUAUGUCGAAAUGGAUCUCGAACAUGCAGUCAAAACGCCCCAUCUCUUCGAACAUCCUGUAAUCAACGAAAUCGCUCGAGCUCAUGGCAAAUCUCCACCACAAAUCUUACUCAGAUGGUCUACUCAACAAGGUAUCGCCGUCGUUCCAAAAAGUGACACCCUACCGAUGUUGCUCGAAAACCUAGAUGCAAAAGGAUUUGAUCUGACAGAAGAAGAAAUCAAGGAAAUUGACGGACUGGAUCAAAAUUUGAGGUUCAAUGAUCCUUGGAUUGUACGUACUCCUGCAUUUCUCGUUCCAUACUAA